GGCGUCAUAUUACGUAAUAGAAGAGGGCUGGGCAUGCACACAGAGAGAGAGAGUGGAGGAGACGGAGGAGGAGACGUGCAAACAUUACGUUUCACACACAUAUAGUGACUACCGUGGCUUCUACUCUCGGAUUUUGACAGUUUGUGUACAGACAACCAACCAGACAGGCAGACAAGGGACAUUUUCACAGACUGAGACAACGAGCCGAGGAGGACAACUCCCAUUGUAUUCAGUACUGCUGGGCCUGAGCUGAUUUGUCAGCCUUGUGUAGGUUUGGUUUUCACCCCCCCAAGUGUCCUCUGGAUAUCAGCUGACCAUGGUGGUCUGAGCAGAGGAAAAGCCUGGCACAGCGUGUGUUCACUCUUAACACAGCAAGGCUCGACCCAGAGAGGAGCAGAGACGUACCGGAGCAAGGACAAGCAGCAUAUUUAAACACAACAUGUCUCAAAACAGAGAACUGGUGGUAUUCUACAUAAACUAUAAACUCUCCCAGAGGAACUAUCCCCUCAACCACAUGGGACUCUUAGAGCCUCCCAACAGGACUGAUGGGGCGGAGGCAGGGUCGGCUGAGGAGCAGCGGGUAGCGACGCACGCCAACGGGACUUUUAACGGCACGAGUCCCGGGACCCCACCGGCGUCCCCGCUGCGGCAGCAACGGUUGCCGUCAACGACGAGCCUGGACGCGGUGAAAGAGGCCCUCCGGGACUCGGCCAACGAGUUCGAGCUGCGAUACGCCCGCGCCUUCAGCGAUCUGCACCACCAGCUGCACAUCACGCCGGCCACGGCCUACCAAAGCUUCGAGAACGUGAUGGACGAGGUGUUCCGGGACGGCGUCAACUGGGGCCGCAUCGUAGGGCUUUUCGCUUUCGGCGGGGCGCUGUGCGUGGAGUGCGUGGAGAAGGAGAUGAGUCCGCUGGUGGGCAGGAUCAUUGAGUGGAUGACGGUGUACCUGGACAACCACAUCCAGCCCUGGAUCCUGAGCCAAGGAGGAUGGGAGCGCUUUGCUGAAGUCUUUGGGCAGGACGCGGCGGCAGAGAGCCGGAGGUCUCAGGAGAGUUUCAAGAAGUGGCUGCUGGCGGGGAUGACCCUGGUGACCGGCGUCGUGGUGGGCUCGCUCAUCGUCCAGAAACGCCUGUGAGGGGGCGGGGGGGGGGGGGGGAGAUCCACCCUCUCCUCCAACCGGCCUCCUUCACUACCCCUCAACCUACAAGCCACCCAAGUUAAGAUGAAGGUCCCGUUUGUCUCGUCAGAACUGCUGAUGAUGUUUACUCCCCACCCCUCCCUACACCCCCCCCACACACACACACACACACAGUGGACUAAGAACUCUCACAUGUUGUUGAACUUUUGAGAAAGAGAAGAGGACGAGUUCCUAGUAUUCAUGUGUUCACCUUAUUCCACCUUCUACAAGAGACAGACAUGUUAUUCUUUUGUUCCUCCUACUGUUCGUUUGCAUUAGUUUUAACAAAUUUUGCUUUCCCAGUUUUGCCCUCAAAAAGAGGCUAAAAAUGACUCCAGUCUUGUGAGGAAGACAGUGUGUCGGGGUCUGGGCUGCUCUGCAUGUCUCGUCUACAGCAGCCUCGUAUGUGCCAUAUGGAGAGUGAAGGCAGGGGAAGGAUGUAGCACCGGCCCCCCCCACCACACCUUCUGUACUUCCUGCUUCCUGCCAUCCUGAUCACAUCACACCCAGUAGAACAUCUUAGUCCAUGACUUCAUAUACUGCUUUGUUUGUCUUGCCCUGUCCCUUCACGCUUCAUGUUUGUAUGAAAGGAGUCAAACAGAUUUUUUAGGAGUCUCAGACUAGACGGGGACAGACUCGUCUGCUUGUUUGUGUUUGUCGGUGCGUUUUGAUUUUAGGAUUAGUGAACCAUUAAACCCAGUGCUGCCACUGGUCCGUGCUCUAUGAUCACACUUGGCCUUGAUUUGACCCUGUUUGUGUUUAGUCAGCUCGCCCAGUGCCAGACCGCCGCGUGUGGCCAGUUCUCCCAGUCAGUGCGACCGCAAGUUCAUCCAAGCAAGGCGCCGCAGUUUCAGAGCCGCCAUGUUUACUGCGCAGUAGCUGAGAGACGCAGCGGAUACUGUAGCAACACAUCCAACACUUGGAAGCAGAACGUCACUGAUUUGGGUGUCAAGUUUUUUUUUAAAUUUUUUUGCAACACUUUAUUUUAACCCUCCUAUUUAGCAUUUAGAAGCAAACAUUUAAUAAAUGUAUUUGUCCACAAUGAUAACUUCUCCUGUGAUGCAUCCAUAACUGCUGUAUAAAUCAUAUUAUUUUAAUGAUAUAUGAUUACACACACGACCAAAUCCUUACUGUGUGAUAUUAGACAUUUUAUUAACUGUUUCUACACAUGAACAUUCUCAGGCUGGUGUUGAUCUGAGAAACACUCUUUAGGUCCGUGUACUAGAGGGGUUUCAUUAAUACAUAUAAUAAAGAAAUGCAACAUAUUUCAUGUUGAAUUAAAACAUAACAACUACAACCCGGCCAAUACUGAUAUUAGUUUAUAAAUCAGAUAAUUAUAAAUGCAUAACGCAAACAAAAAAAUCUAUUUUAACGUGAACAACAUUCAUACUCGGUGGGACAUUUUUACAUUUGAAAAAUCAGCUGGUCAUUGCUCUCUGGUGGAUAAACUAUGUAAUAACACUUACAGAAAUCAGCCGACAUGUACACUGAUUACUGCCAUAAGGUAACAUCAGCCCAGAUGUUGUUCUGGACAAUUUAUUCAUAAGAAAUAUUGUUAUUCAUGCAUUAUGUCUUCAUAGUCCCGUUAUAGAUGCCAAGUUAAAAUUGUUGAAAAAUACAAUAAUAAACACUUGAAAUAUCCUUAUGUUGGUUAACAACUCCAUUAUAGUGUGUUAUAAACAACGUAUUUAUUGUUUAUAGAUCUGCAAACAAUUAGUCAGUUGAUCGAUAAGUCGACCGCAACAGUUUUGAUAAUUGAUUAAUAACCAUCAAGCAAAAAUGACAAACAUACGCUGGUCCCAGCUUCUUAAAUGUGAGGAUUUGCUGAUUUUAUGUAAUUGUUUUGGACUGUUGGUCUGAUAAAACCAGACAUUAGACUUCACCUUGUGACAGACAUGUUUCACUAUAUUCUGACAUUUUAUAGACUAAAUCAUUCAGUAAUAAGAAAAAAAAAAAAAAUGUGAUGAAUCGAAAAUGAAAGUAACCGUCAGCCGUGCGGCCAUAUUUGUUAAUAACGGGGUUAAAAUAAAGUGUGUAAUUAUGCAUUGUGUGCUGCAGUGCUCAAAACAGGAGAUGCCGUUCCUCUCCGUGCUGAUUCACUAAUCAUUCCUUAUUUUUCAACCAUUAGUCAAAUCUGACAUUUAAAUAUAAUAAUUAAAUAAUUUAAUGACACAUCAUGCUUCACGUUAUCAUCAGAGUGAACAUCAUCGCCUUUUCAACAUUUCCGUAGCAAACUGAUGAAGCGUCCGUCUGUGAGGAGACGACGCCGUGUCUGUUUACCAUCGUCAGCCAAUCAGCAGCUGUCAGUGGCUGUAGGAGCGUAACAGUAGACGCACCCAAACCUUCACAUCUCAUCUCACACACAUCCGUUCUCAGUUACCCCCCCCAACCAACUUCUCCUCCGUCCUCCCCAGACACCUCCAGUCUGUCAAAUCUCCAUCCGUCUCCCUCCCUCCCUCCCUUCCUCUCCAUCCAGCUCUUCUCUCCUCCUCCCUCCCUUCCUCUCCAUCCAGUUCCUCCUCUUCCUCUGCGAUCCCCCGGCUGUCUCUGCAUCUAGUCACGUGUGUCAGUCACAGCUGGCCCACCUGCUGCUCCACACAAACACACCUCAGCACGCACACACACACCUGCCAGUCACAUGUGGUCCAUGAGAGACUCUGUGUUUCGUCUCAACAUCUUUAAUUUAAAGCUGAAGUCGGAGGAGUGUUUGUCGCCUGGCGUUUCACGCACCAACAACUGGCAGCUCCAUUAAUUUACUGGGAAGGGAGGGCAGGUGGGGCGCCCCCCCCCUCCCCCCUCCCUUAUUCCAUGUACUGUCUCCAGCUAACAACAACAUGUCCCGGGUUCUAUUCAUGUGUGUUAUAGCAGCUCGGCAAAGCACAGCACAUUUCCUCAUUGGAGAAGGUUCAGCUCUAGAUUCACACACACAGAGCAAACAUCCAUCACUACACGGUCGGUCGGUGCGAGGGUCCAGCCAGCAGCUGAGCCUCCAUGUUUAAAAAACACGACUCAUCUCUCUUCAUCGGUGUCCACGUUUGCUCCUCUUCAUCCUCAUAGUUGACAGAAUCACGUGCAUCUACAGACAAUUUACACGCAUGGAGUUCCUCCUUCUAAACUGAUUGUUAUUAUCCCUGGAAAUAAUAUGUCACCCAAUAAAAGACCAACUGCAUUGACUAUUGAUGAGUACCACCCUCUAAAUGCUUGUUGUCCUGAGCAUCUUAUGAGCCAAGGUCUGCUCUCAUACAUUCCAGUACAGUAUAUAUAUAUUUUUAUAGUGUAUGCCCCACCAAGAAGCUGCUCGCAGGCUUUUCUCUGCUGCCCCCCCCCUGGCCCUCACUGAAACAACUCCCCUUCCUACACUUGUGUGAGCGUGCGUGCGUGCGUGUGUUCGUGUGCGUGUGUGUGUGCAUGCGUGUGUGUGUGUGCGUGCGUGUUCAUUUUCUGUGUGGCAAAAUGUUCUUGAAGGAGGCACAAAUGAAGGAAGUGUGACAUCAUUGGCACGUCCCUAUAUAUACUGUAUAUACAGUAUAUAUAUACUGUAUAUACAUAUAUAUAUAAAUAUAUGCUAGUUAUUUAAACUGAUUAGAAUAGUACGUUAGCUUAGUGACAUAUUUAAUAAAAUCAGAACUGAUGGCUUUUAAACAUUAUUUAUAUUUGGUGUAAAAGCAUAAUUGCGCCCCUUCAAAAUGGCCUUAAACUCCAUCUUUGCAUUGAUGUGCAUUGUCAUUCGUUGUGUUUUGUUUUUUUAGGAUUAUUGGACUUAUUAUUAUUAUUAUUAUUGGAUGCCACUAUAGACAAGAAACAUACAAAGUAAGAGGAUAUUUUCAAAAAGGCUCGGCCUCUGGGUGCGUUCUUGUUGGCCGUAAAGAGUACACAAUUCUAGAUGGAGCCAUGUCCAAUGGUCUGUUUGUAUGUCUUAGAAUGCUGUUGUAAAAUCUUAAAUUGCAUUGAACCUAAUAAAGCCAAUGUUGAAGAUGUA